ACGCACCGGCCGCACGGGCGUCCCCCGCCCCUCCUCCCCGGCUCAGCGCGGGCGUCGGAACCGCCCGACUCGCACGGCCUCCCCGCGGCGCGCCCGUGGCUCCGCCAUACUGGUUGAGGGCACGAAGCAAGGGCGCACGCCCAGCUCGCUCGCGGUUCCUCUCGGCCCCGGAUGUGACUGUUUGGCUGAGGCGCCCCGCGCCCAGCGCUAGAUGGGAUUGGGCGUCCACAGGUGAGGUCAUCACGAGGCGCCGAGGAGGAAAGCGGGAAGCGCAGUGUCUUCUGGGCCAUAAUGGCAGUCAAGUGGACUGGUGGACAUUCUUCACCUAUUCUCUGCCUGAAUGCAAGUCAAGAAGGCCUAGUCGCUUCUGGAGCAGAGGGUGGUGAUCUUAUGGUUUGGGGUGAAGAUGGGACUCCAUUAGGACAUAAACGCUUCCAAGGGGCUGAUGAUGUUACCAGUGUCUUAUUCUCUCCCUCCUGCCCCACUAAGCUCUAUGCUUCACAUGGAGAAACCAUUAGCUUACUGGAUGUCCGGUCACUCAAAGGUUCCUUGGACCAUUUUCAUGUGAAUGAAGAAGAGAUCAAUUGUCUCUCAUUGAAUGAAACUGAAAACCUGCUGGCUUCUGCUGAUGACUCUGGAGCAAUCAAAAUCCUAGAUCUGCAAAAUAAGAAAGUUAGCAGAUCACUGAAGAGACAUUCCAAUAUCUGUUCUUCUGUAGCUUUUCGGCCUCAAAGACCUCAGAGCCUGGUGUCAUGUGGACUGGAUAUGCAGGUGAUGCUGUGGAACCUUCAGAAAGCACGGCCACUCUGGAUUACAAAUUUGCAGGAAGAUGAAACAGAAGAGAUGGAAAGCCCACAAUCACCUGGUCAGCUUUUAAACCCUGCUUUAGCCCACUCUGUGUCUGUAGCAUCAUGUGGCAAUAUUUUUAGCUGUGGUGCAGAAGAUGGUAAGGUUCGAAUCUUUAGGGUGGUGGGAGUUAAGUGUGAACAAGAACUGGGAUUUAAGGGCCACACUUUGGGAGUAUCCCAGGUCUGCUUUCUGCCAGAAUCCUAUAUGCUGCUUACUGGAGGGAAUGAUGGGAAGAUAAUGUUGUGGGAUGUAAGCAGUGAAGUUGAAAAAAAACAGAAGAGCCCUACAAAACAUACCCACAGGAAGAAAACUAAAAAAGCAGCUUAUACGAAGCAGGGUAGAAAUACUCAUGCUCUCGUAACAGAUGAAGAAGAACAUGGCAAAAUUUUACCAAAACUAAGUGUUGAACAUGGAGAAAAGGUGAACUGGCUGUUGAGUACAAAAAUGAAGGGAUACCAAAAUAUAUUAGUAGCUGAUCAAACUAGUAGUGUAUCUGUAUAUCCCUUAAAAGCAUUUUAAAUCCAAUAAAAAAUUUGAAAAAGUGCAGCAGAACUUUUAUAGGUUGAAAAAAAUCCUGUUUCUUCAUUUUUGUCAUUCUUAAUGUUUGUCAUAUUUUUUAAUAUAAUUUAUUGUUAAAUUGGCUUACAUACAACACCCAGUGCUCAUCCCAACAAGUGCCUGCCUCAACGCCUAUUGUCAUAUUUUGAAUAAUACCCUUCCAUUGUAUAAAUUAUAAGACACUGAGCAAAAGAUAAUUGGGUAAUACUUUAUGUAGUAAAUGACAUUAAAAUUUGGAGGAGGAGAAGUAAUCAGACUCAGAGUUAUUAAGUAACAAAGAACUAGGAAAAUUGCAGACAUGAUUACUUACCUGGAAAGGAUCUUGGUUGUCUUGUCAAGCCUCCUGCCUCAGGGAAGCCCACAUAUGAUCUAAUCCAAGUGUAGUGUAACCAAAUGACAUUGGUUAAUUCAGAUCCUAGGAUGUCUUGAGGAACCUUACCAAGUUGGAAGAAGAAACCUGUUCUUACUUGUUCUCUAUAAAGCCCAGAAGGCUUUGCUGACAGUCACUCUCUGUUGUUUCUAAGAAAAGGGCUUCAGGGUCAGAUCAGUUUAGGAUAUUAUGCAGUAAUCCAGGCUGUGGUGCUGAUACAACCAAGAAUAAGCCAAAGUUACGAAUAAGCAGAAAUUCUGACUAAGCAGAAGUUAAAAGUAGAGACGAGAGAGAAGAGGUAGAGAAUAGAAACCAAGAUAGUAUGUCAAGAGUAAGUUCCUUUUCAUCAUGGCCGGGAUCACUGUCUUCUCUACAUGUUUUGUUUUGUUUUUUUAAUUUUUUUUUUUCCUGAGAGAGCACAAGUGGGGAAGGGGCAGACUGAGGAGGAUGGAAUCUAAAGUAGGCUUCAGGCUCUGAGCUGAGUGUGGAGCCUGCCUGGGAUUCUCUCUCUGCCCCUCUCCCCCACUUGCUCUCUCUCCCUGUCUCUUUGUCUUAAAAAAAUAAAAUUAAAAAAAAAUUUUUUUAAAAAGGAGCGCUUAGGUAGCUCAGUCAAUUGUUGAGUGUUCGAUUCUUGAUUUCGGCUCAGGUCAUGAUCUGGAGGUUUGUGAGAUAGAUCCCCACCUCAGGCUCUGUGCUAACAGGACGGAGCCUGCUUGGGAUUCUCUCCCUCUGUCUCUCUCACUCUACCCCCGGAUCAUGUGCAUACAUGCACAUGUACUCUCUCAAAUAAGCUUUAAAAAAAGGUUUAGGGGCACUUGGGUGGCUCAGUCGGUUAAGCAUUUGUACCAACUGACUGACUGACUGACAUCUGCCUGACUUCAGCUCAGGUCCUGAUCUUGCAGUCAGGGAGUUCAAGCCCCGCAUCAGGCUCUGUGCUGACAGCUCAGAGCCUGGUGCCUGCUUUGGGUUCUGUGUCUCCCUCUCUCUCUCUCUCUCUCUCUCUCUCUCUCUCUCUCUCUCUCUCUCUGCCCCUCCCCUGCUCAUGCUUUGUCUCUCAAAAAAAUAAGUUAACAUUAAAGAAAAGAUUUUUUUUAAGUUUAUUUUUUUUUUAAUGUUUUAUUUUUGAGAGAGAGAGAGAGCACAAGUGGGAGAGGAGCAGAGAGAGGGAGACACAGAAUCCAAAGCAGGCUCCAGGCUCUGAGCUGUCAGCACAGAGCCCGACGCGGGUCCCAAACUCAUGGACUGUCAGAUCAUGACCUAGCUGAAUUCGGAUACCCAACCAACUGAGCCACCCAGGUGCCCCAAUUUUUUUUAAAGUUUAAAUUUAAAAAAGGAAUCAAGGCAGCUGCAUUUUCUUGAGUUCUCACGGUCACUUGUCUCUGCUUCUCUCUACAUGAUGGUUUUUACUUGCAAAAAGUAUAUAGCCUUUCAGGGCUAUAUCAACAAUUCAUUUCAAUUCCAGAAACCAAGUGAGCAGUGUCCUAAGUUCCUGAAGAGAAUGUGAUUGAUCCAACUUAGUUAAGCACCUGCCUUUGAUCCAGUCAGCUCUGGCUAGGGGGCUACUGUCAUUACUAAAUGACAUAGUAAUUUAGUAUCCACAUAUCCAAAAGGGCCCACUCCCAUAGUUGGGGAGUUAGUUCUCAGAGAAGGGGAGUGUACGCUAAACUAAUAGUCCAAAGAUCUACAACUAACUAUUGAUAUUUGUAUGAAAAUUAUGUAUAAAACAAACCCUUCUUAGGUCAGCUAUUAUGUUACAGUUUGACCCUUUCAAUUGGCAAGCAAGAGACCUACCCAGGUUACUUUAGUUAAUGAAAGUUUGAGGAAACAUAAUGGUAAAGUAAGCAAAGGAAGGCACCUCCGUCUGGGCUUACAGAGAAUCAGGAUACCAUUUUGAAUAUAGCUUAGCUCUAGUUGCCAGUCAGCUAUUCAGAUGACAAACAAGAACUUCAGUAGUCACCCCUUAGAAGUGGGCUUUCCAGGGGCACCUGGAUGGCUCAGUCAAUUAAGCAUCCAACUUUUGACGUCAGUUCAAGUCAUGAUCUCACAGUUGUGAGGUCGAGCCCUAUGUCAGUCUCCACACUGGGUGUAGAACCUGCUUGGGAUUCUCUCUCCCUCUGCCCCCUGCCCCAAAAGUAGGCUUUCCAAAGUCCCCCAUCUGUAGUAGGCUGAAAAUGUCCCCCGAAGGUAACAGGUUCUAAUCCCUGGAACUUGUAAAUGUUACUUUGGUAAAAGGAUCUUUGCAGAUGUAAUUAUGUUGCAAGUAGUAAAGGAUUAUGUUAAACAUAAUCAUAGUAAUUGUGUACCUGCUUUUUUUUUUUUUUUUUUAAGUUUAUUUUGAGAGAGCAAGUGGAAGCAGCUAAGGGGCAGAGAGAAUCCCAAACAGGCUCUGUGCUGUCAGUAGGGAGCCCUACACAGGGCUCGAUCUCAUAAACCAUGAGAUCAUAACCUGAGCCGAAAUCAAGAGUCCUAUGCUUAACUGACUGAGCCACCCAGGACCCCUUAUUAGACUAUAAGAUGCUUGAAGGCAAGAAUUCUGCCCUGUUUCAGAACUUACGGUCUGGUCUAUCCUGGAUCCCUUCAACUUAUACAAACAGUACUCAUUAAAUCUUAAAUGAAUCAAAGGAGGUCCAGAAAGUAUAAAUAUUAAGUAUAUAGAAAACAAAAAAGGUCAACUGAAAGGGAGCUGGUGGCAGGGUUACCUGGCAACCAGACUGAACCCUUUGCUUGUGUUUCAUGUUAUUUUUAAGACCAGCUGUCAGGGCUACACAUGGUUCUCCCGACCAGUGCUCAAUUUACAGACACCCAGACAUGCUCAUUUCAUAUUUGAUGUUCCUUCUCCAUAUUACAAUCAGUUUGUGGUCCAGGAUAGACCAUGCUGAGGCUGAUGGCAGUGGCACCCAGUUGCUUCUCCCCGCCAAAAGCAAAAAUACCUUUAGGAUUAAUCAAUCACCCUUUGGCAGAAUCAUGUAUAAUCCUGGUGCCUUAACCUAUGAACAGAUCUCCCUUGACCUCAGUUUUUCUAUUUAUAAGCAGAUAAUUAGUGGAAACAGAUUAAUAUACUGCACAAGUGCUGUGUGUGUGUGUGUGUGUGUGUUUGGUUUUCUGAACUAUUUGAUUUAAAAAAUUUUUUAAUGUUCAUUUACUUUUAGAUAGAGUAUGAAUGGGGGAGAAGCAGAGAGAGAGAGAGGGAGACACAGAAUAUGAAACAGGCUUCAGACUCUGAGCUAUCAGCACAGAGCCUGACGCAGGGCUUGAACUUGGGACUGGGGAAAUCAUGACCUAGGCCAAAGUCAGAUGCCUAACUGACUGAGCCACCCAGGCUCCCUCUGAACUAUUUGAAAGUGAGAUACCAUAACACUUAUCUCAAAAUACAUCAGCAUGCGUCUCCUAAAAAAGACACUUUCCAAUAAAACCAUAAUCCUAAUAUGUCUAAGAAAUUUAGUAACAAUUUCAUUCUUGUUCUUGGCCAGUCAGUUUUGACUAAUACCAUUCUUACUGCGCCAAAGUCUGGUGGUUGGAGAGGGUGGCAGCCAGAAGUGCAAAAGAUGGGCCCCUCAGCCCUGGGUGGGCUUAUAGAGGUGAAAGGCUGGGAGCAAGAGGAUCCUUGUGGUACAGUCUGGUGUCUGCGCAGAAAGGCGUCUCCUUUGUAUACAACCGUCUUCCUGUGGUGUGCCCCUAGUGAGGAAGAUUGCCCCUUCCACUGGGCUAAAGUUCAUUUUAGAGACUAGACUGUCAGACCAGAGGAUACUGGGAGAGUGAAGAUAGGAGUCUGCUGGAGUGAACAAAGUACUCUGCUAUGGCCACCACCAUUAGGACCAUAUGCCAGCCAGAGGAGUGGGAUUUAAUCUAGGCCCAAGAGAGAAUGUGAAAGAAAUUCAGAACACCUCCCCAACACCAGGAGAGCCUGUCAUACCCUGGUACUCUUGGUGAAGGAAAGGUCUGGGCUGAUAUUUAAUGGAGCCUCCUUAAGGUCCUCCUCUAUAGCCAUAAAAUACAUUUGGGGGAAGUGACUCUCCACUUGGGCAUAAUUUUUCUGUAAUCAUUCUAGGCAAUGAUUGAAGAAGCAUCCAGAGCACGGAGUGGUCAAGUAAAAACAAUGACUUAUAAAUAUUGACACAACAGGUCACAGGUAGGCCUGAAAAUUGAGUGCAUCUUUGAAAAUUUAUUUAGUUAAUUGGUUUAAUCUUAGGAUUUCUAUAAAGUAUACCAUCAAAUAUGUGAUUAUGAAAUACAAUCAAAGAGUUUGUAAGAAUUGUUAUGUCUUCUGAGUCCAUAGACUAAACAUAAUCUGCAUCUACUUCUCAAACUCGAAUUUACUCAUAAAUAACCAUAUGUUGUACUGCCAGGAGUUCAGUUAUUAGGUUCAUUAAGUAGUACAUCUGGGAGGUACAACAUUGUUAAUUGUGUUAUAAGCCAAUGUGUGGCUAGAUAAAUGCAAACAUUAUUUUAUUACAAAUUAUAAUAGUAAGUAAACUGGUUCAGCCACUAUGAAGAACAGCAUGGAGAUUCCUCCAAAAUUAAAGGUAGACCUAGGGGCUCCUGGAUGGCUUAGUUGGUUAAGUGUCUGACUUCAGCUUAGGUCAUGAUCUCACAGUCUGUGAGUUUGAGCCCCACGUCUGUGCUGACAGCUCAGAGCCUACAGUCUGCUUCAAAUUCUGUGUCUCCCUCUCUCUCUGCUCUUCCCCUGCUCAUGGUCUCCCUCUCUCUUUCAAAAAUAAACACUAAAACAAACAAAGAAACAAAAAAACUUUUAAAAAAAAGUAGAACUACCAUAUGAUCUUGUUAUCCCACUUCUGGAUAUGUAUCCAAAGGAAAUGAAAACACAUUAUUGAAGAGACAUAUGUACUCCCAUUUUUAUUGUAGCAUCAUUCACAAUAGUCAAGAUACAGAAACAACCUGGGUGUCCAGCAAAGGAUGAAUGGAUAAAGAAGAUGUGGCAGCAUGUGUGUGUGUGUACACACACGUGCACGCACACACAUUUAUAUACAUACGAAUAUGUACUAUUCAGCCAUGAGAAAAGAAAUUCUGCCAUUUGCUACGACAUGGGUGGACCUUGAAAACAUGCUACAUGUGAUAAGUCAAAUAGAGAAAGACAAAUACUGUAUGUUAUCUCUUAUAUGUGGAAUUAAAAAAAAAUUGUAAAAGCAGAAAGUAAAAUGGUUAUGAGGGGUUGGUGGAGUAGGGGAAUGGUACAGAUGUUGUUUAAUACAAGUUAACAGAUGAACGUAUCGUGUCAUAGGGUAUUUUGGCUUAAAAAAACUAAUUAAAAGUCUUUUAAAAUAGGUAUAUUUAAAAAAAAGAACUCGGGGGGCGCCUGGGUGGCUCAGUCAUCCAACUUCAGCUCAUGUCAUGAUCUCACUGUUCCCAGGUUCGAGCCCUGCGUCAGGCUCUGUGCUGACAGCUCAGAGCCUGGAGCCUGUUUCAGAUUCUAUGUCUCUCUGUCCCUGCCCCUCCCCCACUCUUGCUCUAUCUCUCUCUC